CUCAGAUUCGAAUGGACGGAAAGCUGCCCAGUCGUGACGUUUCGGCCAAAUUUUUUUGACGAAACAGUAAACAAUCAUCACACAUUUCGCCUCGCCUCCACCAGAAAACACUUGACCCAUUGAUGAUACUUGACUCCUAAGUGCAUCUCUUAGACCACAUAUCACUUCUCUCCAGACCGAUUUCAACACUACAGCAACUAUCUGUCCUUUCACGAGCAGUCCGCACCUGCACGCGACCACAACCUUUAAACCUCGACAAACACCCCUCCCUUUACUACUUGGACUUUGCAGUACGCAGAGAUCCAGUCCCAUUCACCUGUCCACAGGUUCACGCCUCACCCUCACGUAUCCCCCAAUCGACAUAUUCAAAAUGGCCGCCACUGCUGUUCAGAACCCCCCGGUUCAGGCCGAGUCCAAGUCGGCCAAGAAGAAGAAGGCCAAGUUGGAGCGCACCGAGUCCCCUGCUCCUGCUUCUGUCGGUACGCCCACGGAAAAGCCCAGCUCGGUAGCCGGUGAUGGCGAGGAUGGCGAGAACCCUUACAUCCGCGACAUGCAAAAGAACAUCCGUAACGUCAACAAGAAGAUUAGCAACAUUACCAAGACCGAGGCCGUUGUUUCCGAGCACAAAGGCAAGACUUUGGACGAGCUUGUGAAGCUGAAGAUCAUCAACGCCGACCAAAAGGCCUCCAUCCAAAAGAAAGAGGGUCUGCAGGCGCAGCUAGCCCAGCUUGAGGAGCAACUGAGCCAAUACAAGAAGAUAGAUCAGGAGUACCGGACACGGGCCAACCAGAUCAAGACCGAGUUGGAGAAGACCUUGUCCGACCGCUAUGAGAAGGAGAAGGCGGAUGCAUUGGCUGAGGUGAAGGCGGAGCUCUCCGGUGCGGCCGACAAGACCCUGCAUGAUAGCUUGCUGGUCAUGUCGCAGUUCCUCCGUCUUGCAGCUGCGCGUCGUGGAGAGGAGCAUGACCCCGAGCUUGACGAGAACCGCGCCCUUGAGGGUGUUCUGCUGCAGGUGUACUCUGGCGACGAGGAAGGCGUGGCAACCAUGCUUAAGCUGGUUCAGGGUUCGUCUGAGAAGGCCAAGAGCGUGGCAAGCGAGCCUCUUGAGGCAACCUUUGCUCAAAUCAAGCAGGCUGCCGUUGCCCACGCCGUACCGUUGUACACCGAGGGCGCUGCUGCUGAGACGGAGACUACUGAACCCGCCACAGACCCCACUAUCGCUAACGCUGGCCUGACCGAGAUUGACGCUGGUGCGGAUAUUGCCAUCACCAACGGCCACUCUGCCGAGGCUUCCGCUGAGAGUGCCAACACAGGCGCUCCUGCAAACGCUGAUGUGGGAGAGGGCGCUGCCAACGCUGCUGCCGAUUCGCAGUGGGAUGCUGGCAAUGCCAGCAUGUCUGCCUCCCAGGAGUGGGUUGAGGUUCCGCGAGAGCCUGCCGAGACUGACAACGGUCUCAAUGCCACACCUGCCGCUCCCGCCAACACUCAGUCAUGGGCUGAUGAUGCUGCCGACCACGCUGCAGAGGCUCCUGCCGUUCCCGCCGACCCUAACGAUGGUUUCCAGUCUGUCCAGGGACGUAACCGUGGCCGUGGAGACCGAGAGGGAGGCAACUGGCGCGGACGGGGCAACUACCGUGGCAACCGCGGCUUCCGUGGAGACGGUCGUGGCCGUGGCCGCGGUCGCGGCAGGGGAGGUAACGGCGGUCAGCACCAUCAGCAACGCAACACCGACGAAUCUUAGGAUGAUGUGUCGUUUGUUCCUACUUCUCCCGAACCUCCUUAUUGGUAGGGUUGGGUGCCGUCUAACACGUACCUCUUUCUUUUCCUCUCCGAAGCGUGCCUUCUUAUCUUUCUUCCUGUUUACCUUCACACCCGACCUUUCUGCAUCCCUUUUUGUGUCCCUUCUUCCAGUACCUCACAUCUUUCUCGUGUCUAGUGUCUGCAUGUCAUGGUAUCAUUGCGGCAGAGCAUUGGAAAUGGAGUGGACACAUUCCGCAGACCUUCUCUCAUCUUUUUCACCCGUCAGCAACGCAUAUCACACCGGCGCAUGAUGUCUUUGAAAAGCUUUCUAUCCUUCUCUUCUGCCCUGAGGGUUACAGUUUUGGCUUUUUCAAGCCUCAAUAACCUUUACCCAUGAUUUCAUCACUGGGAAACAGAGGGCCCUUGGGUACCCGCUUGGGGGUUUAUCCAGAUGGGGUCAUUUGUGCUCUAUGUUGGGGACGGGCACUGUCCUGCUUAUCAGGUGCGAUACCGCAACUGCCUACUCACCUGGCUUUUUCGUGUCGAAGCUUUUUUUUUUUUUUUGUAACAAUGUAAAACAGAUAAAUGGAUGAUCUUGGGCUGGGAUCCUGUGGCUGGUUGGGAAAUGGUCAGGAGGAAAAGUUCUUGAGUUAAUAAUAAGAGAACAAUAAUGAGGCGACUUUGAUUGCCACUAACAUGGAUGCGCCGACUUUUUGUAUCACUACCUUAUGUAUGUGCGUGUGAAGCGGGCAAUGUAUAGUCCUACCAUCACAGCUAAAAUGAAAGACGCUUUAACCAUGGCCAACAAUGCUUCAGUGGUUCUGGGCAAAACAUGCAUCUCGCAUCCUCUUCAUGUACAUUAGGUAGGUUAGCAGCCUGUGUACUUGUAAUGCUGUCGCAUGAAUUUAGUGACGGG